GCUCAACGCCGGUCCUCGCCUAAAACCUAAAACCCUAAACCCUCUGCAUAGGGAUUGGGAAGAAGAAAACCCAACAAUAUAAACUUUUUCUAACUUUUUUUCUUUCAAUUCUGGAAUAAUGGAGCAAAGAUUGGGAAAUACAUGGCGAAUGACAGUGAAUGAGAAGAAGUUCAUAGAAUCUGCUUUAGAAUCUGAACUAAGAGUUGAUGGUCGCCGUCCUUUUGAUUAUCGAGCCCUCACUAUCAAGUUCGGCAGAGAAGAUGGUUCAUCAGAAGUUCAACUAGGGCAAACUCAUAUUAUGAGUUUUGUUACGUCGCAACUAGUGCAACCUUAUCGAGAUCGACCAAACGAAGGAACUCUUUCAGUAUUUACUGAGUUUUCACCAAUGGCGGAUCCUUCUUUUGAGGCAGGUCGUCCUUCAGAGUCUGCUGUUGAGUUGGGUCGCAUUAUUGACAGAGGGUUAAGGGAAAGUAGGGCUGUGGACACUGAAUCACUCUGUGUUGUGGCUGGGAAGUGGGUGUGGUCAAUUCGUAUUGAUCUCCAUAUUUUGGACAAUGGAGGUAAUCUUGUUGAUGCUGCCAAUAUUGCUGCUUUAGCUGCGCUUUUGACAUUUCGGAGGCCUGAAUGUACACUAGGAGGAGAUGACGGGCAGGAAGUGACACUGCAUCCACCCGAGGUGAGGGAGCCACUUCCCUUGAUUGUACACCAUCUACCUAUAGCAGUAACUUUUGCAUUUAUUGGAGACGAGCAUAUGGUUAUAGAUCCAACACAUCAUGAAGAAGCUGUUAUGGGAGGAAGAAUGUCCGUCACCCUGAAUGCAAAUGGUGAUGUCUGUGCAAUUCAAAAAGCUGGAGGACAUGGUGUCAUGCAAAGUGUUGUCAUGCAGUGUCUACGCAUAGCAUCAGUAAAAGCCGGAGAUAUAACUAGCAAAAUUAAAACAGUUGUUGAAUCUUAUAAAACAGAGAGAGCUCUCAGAAUGGUCAAGCGACAUGCUCCUAUUAAUGCUGUUGAUGUCAAUGAACCAGGUGGAAAGGCUAAGCAAAUUUUGGAGGGGCAAAAAUUGAAAUCAGAAGAGUGCAGUGCUAGUCAGAGUGAUGACAUGGAUGUCGAGCAGGGUAGAAUCAACAAGAGGACUGAUAAGAACCGGAGUUUCACAGGCGGGCCGUCCAGUUGGGAUCCAUAUUCAGAGGGUGUCAACACUGACGAAUUGAAAGCUACUCUUGCUUCUCGUGGUUCAGUUGCAGUGCCUAUGAAUCUAGACAAUUUAGGUGAUACUAUUAGAGAUGAAACAAAAUCAGAUGAACCACUUUCAGAUGUUAAUCCAGUAUCUUCCUCGACUGACUCAGCUGGAAAAGAAAUGGCAACGAGCAAAGAAAAAACUUUACAAGAUGCUGUUAAGCCUAAAAACAAGCGGAAAAAGAAGAAAUCAUCUAAUACUGCCGCAGUUUAGAGAAUGCAUGUGUGAUCUAUCUUCUUGAGAUAGACAUUACUAUGCAUGGUAAUAGUAAAUUCUGUGACUAAUUGCACAGUUGGAGAGGCUCAUGAAGUUCCCGAUACAAGCAGUUACAUCAUUGUGUCUCAAAUUGAAGGACAUGAAUUGAAACCACCAUUGCCAUCGAUGUUCAGUGUGAAUGGAUAUGAUUAAAGAAUGCUGCAUUUGGUAUUGGUUACCUAGCUUGAGUUCCAAUCACUUGAUCCCGCAGCAGAACUAGUGGCAUAUUCUGAAAUCUUGAUUUGAACUUCUUUCCUGGACUUGAACUCGGGACUCAGAGGAAGAGUAAAAAUGCUUUGUUAUUGAGAGUUUUCGCUUUUGAUGUUUUCUUUGUCCUUGUAGAGGAUUUCUAUAUGUAGAGUUGUAGAGAAAAGACAAUUACUUUGUAGACGCUCUUCUGCUAGACUUGACUGAUCAACUGUUUAUGUGAUAACCCUAUUCGAUUGGCCUAAA